AUGGCCUUUCUUUGGGUUGUCCUUGGCUUUCUCCUCUUUGGUAGCAGCUCCAGCUGCGGAGUCCUCGCCAUCCACCCCGAGCUGAGUGGCCUGUCCCGGAUCGUCAGUGGGGAGGACGCUGUCCCCAGCUCCUGGCCCUGGCAGGUGUCCUUGCAGACUGACUCCUGCUUACACUUCUGCGGGGGCUCGCUCAUCAACCAGCACUGGGUGCUCACUGUCGCCCACUGCAGGGUCAGGAAGAGCCACCAUGUGGUGGCUGGGGUGUCUGAUCAUGGCUCUGAUGACGAGGCUGUCCAGGCACUGAGGAUCGCGGAGGGACCGCCAGGCGGGCAGGCUGGGGUUUUUGAACACCCGCUGUGGGACAGGAUUAUGGACAGCAACGACAUCGCCCUGCUGAAGCUGGCCACGCCGGCCGGCCGGCUCUCCAGCACCGUGUCCCCCGUGUGCCUGCCCAGCGCCAGCACCAGCUUCCCCGCGGGCUCCGUCUGCGCCACCACGGGCUGCGGCAAGACCCAGUGCGGCUCCAACAAGACCCCCGACAAGCUGCAGCAGGCGGCCCUGCCCCUCCUGUCCAACGCCGAGUGCCAGAAGUUCUGGGGCAGCAAGAUCACCGAUGUGAUGAUCUGCGCCGGCGCCAGCGGGGUCUCCUCCUGCAAGGGCGACUCUGGUGGCCCCCUGGUCUGCCAGAAAGACGGAGUGACCCUGGUGGGCAUCGUGUCCUGGGGCAGUAGCUGGUGCCACCCAUUCUCACCAGGGGUGUACAACAUCACCGAGUUCAUUCCCUGGGUUCUCGAGGUUCUAGAGAACCCCCGCCCCACCCCCCACUUCUGCAGAACCCAAAUAAAACCCUGA